GAGGUGAGGCGACAGAGCUGAUGGCUGUGGCAGGUUCUCAGGUUGUGUUGCCCUGUAAAUGUGAAACUUCACAGUGUGAUCCUGCUGCCAUCACCUGGAGCAAAGAAAACGGAGGCACGGUUUGGAGAAAGCAAAGCAGCGGCCUGCAGUACUGGGGCUCCAGCUGGUUUGGAAAGGGGGAGGCGCGAGUGCGAUGCCCGCACACAGAGUUUGCCAAAGGGGACUACAGCCUCGAGAUAAACAACGUGAAGGAGGACGACGCAGGACUUUACACCUGCAAGGUGGAACUCAGAAGCCGCGUUACUGUGAAGGAAGUCAUGCUCCGAGUCCUUCAAGUGUCCGUCUCUCCGUCGGCUCCUGUGCGGGGGGACAGCGUGUCCAUCAAAUGCACUGUGACGCCUCGGCUUGAAGGUACUGUGGUCCAGUGGAUGUUGAACAGUUACCCGGUUGUGCCAAAGGAUUCAAACAUCAGAACCGUACCAGGAGGACUGCAAAUAGCACCGGUGACAGAGAAUGAGGCAGGAGCCUGGACUUGUGCAGUCAAAACGUUCGACAACGUACUACAAGCCUCAGUGCAGCUGACUGUGAGAGGAAUAACCCAGCCACCCAAAGACGACACAAAGUUGUAUGCCGCUCUGGGGUCUCCGUUCACGAUACCCUGCAUGUUCUCCCCCGAGAUUUUCCCCAGAGGGACGAGGGUGGAGAAACUGGACAGCGGGAUUCCUCAAGUUUUUAGCAACCGUUCUGCUUCUUCAUCCUCCUGGGACAAGUCUAUCAUUAUCCAGGAGGUGGUGCCUGAAAACGAGGGCAAGUACCAAUGCUCAGGGACCACAAGCAGAGGAAGACUCACUCGGACGAUGCAGCUGGUCGUCGCUAAAAUUGUCAUGUCAAAGAAGAAAGACACCGUGAUGCUGAGCUGCCACCUCUCGGACUCAAGCGAAGUCACAAAGUACGAGUGGGUGCAUGUGAGCUACGACGUCAACGGCACCGAGAUGGUCGGGCCGGUCCUGAAGGAUCAGACGAUUUAUGUGAAGGAGGACUGGGGUGAAUGGACGUGUCGUUACUAUGGGGAAAACGGCCUUUUGGGGAACGUGACCAUACCCGUUCAUCUCACAGCUGGUCAAAGAGGAGAAAAAUCCUCCGGAGUCUCCAGUAACACCGGCACCGUGAUUGGGCUCAGCUUUCUCCUCAUCAUUCUGCUGUUGGUCCUUGCUCAGAUGUACAAGAAUCACCAAAGGAGGAAAAGGAUUUUGCAGUACCCGGCGCUGGAGACUAUCGUUCACACCAUCUCCAACGAGCGCGAGGAGAGAGAAAAGAGCCGAGUGAAAGAGUGAAAAAAAACAUCAUGGCAGAGGUUUUUGCAGGAAGAUAUUCCCAGUACUACUUCAGAGCGAAAUGUCUUUUUCCAAGCAAAAAACUUACUGGCUUUUAUUUGCACAGAUUUUGUAAAUAAUCUCAUGGCAGACUUUGUAGCAGGAACUAUAAACGAAUUCAAACUAUAAUUAUUCUUUAUUUCAUCUGU